AUGCGGGUAGAUACAUUAGUGAUAAUUCCAUUGCUUGUUUUGUCUGCCUUUGUGUUGAAGCGGACCAACAGUGAGUCUACUGAAUAUGGGACAGGGGAUUAUAUUCGAUGUGAUACGAUUCGGCCAUUUCGGUAUAAAGUCGAUAACAAUUACACGCAAUGUGGAUUCAGUGUGAAUGACAUGAUAUAUGUUCAAACGACUGUAGGGCUCUCCACUGUUUUUUGUUUGAUAUCCUAUUUGAUCACGACGAAGUUAAAGUACAUUCAAUUAGUCUUCGGGCAGAUCGUGAUGUUUGUCUCCAUCUAUUUAUACAUCCACGCUUACAACGCCCACGCCUUCUGUCAAAGUUUCAUCGUCUCGACUUUUAAGACUCAAAAGAAACACAUUUACUGCAAAGAUGACUUGUUCUAUGUCACUAUCGGGCUUCUCUUCUUUAUAUCACUCUUAACUAUCUUCCACGCUCUUUGUUAUAUCAUCGUCGAUAAGAAGAGCAAUAUGGCUAUGGGUGACUUGGACUUCUCUAUGAAAGUGACCGACAAGAGCACCGACAACGACGCUCAGUACAUCAACGAGCCCGACAGAAACCCUAAUUUCGGUAACAAGACUCAAAAGGAAGUAAAAACAGACUGA